UCACAAAUUCUAGCCGUUAACAAAACAUACACUCCCUCUCCCACCUUACAAAAACUGUUCCAACCUCUUCCAUCUUCAUCCCUACUCAAAUUUGAACAACAUGAAGAAGAAGAAGGCCUCAAUUUUGCUCCUAAUUUCCCUCACCUUCUUCCUAUCCUACGCAAAUUCAACCGACCCUUGGGACGGCGUGAUUGUGACGCAGGAAGACCUCCAAGCUCUCCAAGCCUUCAAACACGAACUCGUCGACCCAAACGGCUUCUUGCGAAGCUGGAACGACUCCGGCUACGGCGCCUGCUCUGGCGCCUGGGCCGGCAUCAAGUGCGCCCAGGGCCAGGUCAUUGUCAUCCAGCUGCCCUGGCGCGGCCUCGGCGGCAGAAUCACCCAAAAAAUCUCCCAAUUUCAAGCUCUCCGGAAGCUCAGCCUCCACGACAACCUCAUCGGCGGCCAGAUCCCGCCCUCGCUCGGCUUCCUGCCCAAUCUCAGAGGCCUUCAGCUCUUCAACAACAGAUUUUCCGGCUCAAUCCCGCCUUCUCUCGGAUUCUGCCCCCUUCUCCAGACGAUUGAUUUGGCUAACAAUUCAUUGUCUGGCCCCUUGCCGCCUACUCUCGUCAACUCGACUAAGCUCUUUCGCCUCAAUCUCAGCUACAAUUCCUUGUCUGGCUCUGUGCCACUCACAUUUAGUCGCUCUCCAUCGCUUGUAUUCCUCGCUCUCCACAGCAACAAUCUCACCGGAGACAUUCCCGGUUUCUCUGCGUUUCAGCUUCAAUCGCUGACGCUUGAUCACAAUUUCUUCACUGGAACCUUGCCUAGCAAUCUAUUCCGUUUCAGCAACUUGUCGGUUCUUAGCUUGAGCUACAAUCGGUUCACCGGAGAAAUUCCGGCUGCGAUUGGGAAUCUGUCUUCGUUGAGGGAGCUUGGGUUGUCUCACAACGCUUUCACUGGCCAAAUCCCUAAUUCUCUAUCGGAUUUGCCCAAUCUCAAUUCCUUCAAUGUCUCGUACAACAAUCUAUCCGGUUUUGUUCCGCCGAAGCUUGCUCAGAAAUUCGAUUCAUCUGCAUUCGUCGGCAAUCUCGAGCUCUGCGGCUACACUGGCUCGGCCGCGUGUGUUCCGCCGCCUUCGCAAGCUCCUCCGCCGCCUGCUUCUAAGAAACGACGUCGUAAACUGAGUAGCAAAGACAUUAUCCUGGUCGCGGCAGGGGCGUUGCUGGUAAUCCUGCUAAUUACUUGCUUCGUUCUCCUCUGCUGCUUGUUGAGGAAAAGGAAAAUGGAGAGACAAGGCAAGGAAGGCGGAAGAAGGGGCACGGCGGCGGCGGAGAAAGGCGUACCCCCGACUGCCGCGGAAGUGGAAGGGAGCGGCGGAGAGACGGGAGGGAAGCUCGUGCACUUCGACGGGCCGAUGGUGUUCGGCGCCGAUGAUCUUCUCUGCGCGACUGCGGAGAUCAUGGGCAAGAGCACCUACGGAACAGUGUACAAAGCUACCAUGGAAGACGGCAUUCAAGUCGCUGUCAAGAGACUCAGAGAGAAGAUCACAAAGGGGCAAAGGGAAUUCGAGAUUGAGGUGAAUGCAUUGGGGAAGAUUAGGCACCCAAAUCUGUUAGCUCUCAGAGCUUACUAUUUAGGCCCAAAGGGGGAGAAAUUGCUCGUUUUUGACUACAUGCCUAAAGGCAGCCUUGCUACUUUCCUUCACGCUCGUGCGCCUGACACGCCGAUUGAUUGGGCGACGAGGAUGAAGAUCGCUAAGGGGAUGACGAGGGGGCUGCUGUACCUCCACACGAACGUCAGCAUCAACCACGGGAACCUGACAUCGAGCAACGUCCUGUUAGACGAGCACGCCAACGCCAAGAUCGCGGACUACGGCCUCUCCCGCCUGAUGACAGCAGCUGCGAACGCGAAUGUGAUCGCGACAGCAGGGGCGCUCGGGUACAGGGCGCCCGAGCUCUCGAAGCUGAAGAAGGCGAGCACCAAGAGCGACGUCUACAGCCUUGGCGUGAUCAUGCUGGAGCUUCUCACGGGGAAGUCGCCAGGGGCCGGGGAGGGGGUGGAUCUGCCGCAGUGGGUGGCGUCCAUCGUGAAGGAGGAGUGGACCAACGAGGUUUUCGACUUGGAGCUGAUGAGGGACGCAUCGGUCAUUGGGGACGAGCUGCUCAACACGCUCAAGCUGGCGUUGCAUUGCGUCGACCCCACGCCCUCGGCGAGGCCGGAGGCGCACCAGAUACUCCAGCAGCUGGAGGAGAUUAGACCGGAGACGGGGACGACUAGCUCCGGAGAUGAUGGUGGCGCAAUGGCAUCACCUGCUCAGGAUUAGGAUACAAGAUAGGUGGUAGUACAAACUUCUUGUUCCACUAUUCUUUCAUUCUUCUCAGUUUAGUUUGAUGUUGCUCUAAAUUUUCAAGGAUUUGGAAUGAUUUGGCAUGACUGGAUGUGAAUCCAUCUUAAUUCCAUCCCCUAUGGCUAUCAAUAUCAUGUAGUAGCAAAUUUUAAAUUAGAUUGCUGCAGCUUUGUUUUUUA